UAACCAGUGUAUAUUUCAGAUGCAGACCAAGAAGAUUUCAAGCUAAAUCUCUUGGAUUAGUUCUCACUAAUACCACAGUCACUCAUGUUAAUUACAGUCUGGAAUAUUACAUCACGUGAAAAUGCAGCAGUUAGAGUGGCGAUUGUCAACGAAGCAAUAAUGCAAAACAUUCAUGUAUUUGGACAACUCAUUACAGCUGCAGAUUAUGGUAUAUGCUGGAAAAUCUGUAUCGCAACGCUUACAAUACAUUACAUGGAUACAUCAAAAAAGCUUAAGUUCGCAAAAUGACGGCUGAAGAUGCAGAUGAUUAUAUGAAACAUUACGUAAAAAAG